AUGUCUUGUUCAUCCUUGUUGACACCAUCAUGCUCCCCAAUCAUUGGACAAACAUUCUCCUCUCUCAGCCUUGUUCCUUACGAAAUUAUCUAUCAAAUUUUACAAUUUGUGGAAUGUCCCAAAGAACUCGAACGUUUUCGGAGAGUGCAUUCUUCAUGGAAUUUGAUUCUCCAUGGUCAAGAAGAGAAUCGAAAGGAAGAUCAAAGGGAAGGUUUCAAUGAUAAUGUUGAUGCGACUUUGAGGACCACUCUCACGACCAUGUUUUGGAGAGAAAAGUUACAACAAUCUUCACUUUUGAAAUUUGUAUCCAACACUUCUAGAAUUUCGUCGAACUUGAAUAUUAGCAUGGCAAUGUCCUCCAUUCCCUCUUCCGUGAUUCUCCACAAGAGAAAUCAAUUGGUCAUGCAGUGGGAAAAUGACGAUUGUAUCAAAUAUUGGACAAGUAAUUAUUUACAAGUUCCAACAACAACCUCAACAAUCACAACCACAACCUCCUCACCAAAUGUCACAAUAUCCCAACUUGCCAAUUCCCAAUCUGAGAAUAAGGUAUUUCAAUCGAGCUUGAAAAUGAAUGAAUGUGGAAUUCUGUUCAUUGAAUCAAGUCGUCACCUUCGAUCUGAACAACAACAAGAUCUUACAUCAUCCAUGACGUUUCAUCCUUUCAUUGAUUUUUGUAAAAGUACCUAUCAAGACAUGAUUCUCCUGAAACAAUUGCAACAAGAACUUUUGAGUGUGCAUCAAACCUCACGAGAAUAUCACAAAAUGACAUGGAAAGAUCCAAGCACUCCAAGUGCAGUGAAUUCACCUCUCAUUCCUCUUAUUUUACCUCCUUUGAAUCAUCAUCAUCAUGAUCAACCAUUUGGUACAGAAUCGAUCAUCUCCAUUCAUAAUCAACAACAAUUAAUUAGUUUGGAAUUCAUUUGUCACUAUUUGGGAGUUCAUGAAGAAUUGUACAAAUUACCAGAACGAACACUCCAUAAGAGAAUUCUUUUGAAGAACAACCUUAAUGGUGAGAACAAUCCUCUCACUUCCACUCCGUCCUCCUCCUACUCCUGCUUGAUAACCACACCUCCUGCCACUCCAACUACUACAACUUCUAACGAAUCACCACAACCUCUUUCAUCGAAUUUAGCAGCGCCUCAUCCUCUCGUGGAGAGAACUUCCUCAACCAUAGAAUUUCAACAAAUAUUUCCUUCGGAUCAAUUUAAUGCCGAGUUUUGUCAAGAGCUCUCUCAAUGGAUGCACCACUAUAUGGAACAUCCUACUUUGAUCAUGUUGGGAGUGUCACAAUUGAAUCCUAUUCCAGUUCUGAUUGUUGGUGAAUCGACGAGAGAAUUUUCAGAAAAAUGGAAGGAAACAAAUUCAUCAUGUCCUCGAAAUAUUAUUGGAUUCAUGACGAGUACUUUCCGAGUACCAGAAUUUGCUGAAUAA